UAACGCGCACCUUGCAUGGUGGUGUGGUGCAUGUGGUAGUAUUUUAGGAUAUUCGUGAGUAAUGUCUGUUGUAAAGAAAAAGAAGCAUGUGUCGAAAAAGAACAAGAAAGCAUGGCGAAAGUAUUGCGAUAUACGUGACGUUGAAGAGUUUCUAGAGGACCAGCGCUUAGAGGAAAGACUUGGAAAAUUUGAGACAAAGCCUGAUAGUGAGCUGUUUGUUGUUGACACUGAGGGGGACUCUAAAGUUAAAGAUGUAGAAGAGAAACCAUUGAAUGCUAAGCAGAAGAAGAGAAAAACGCUCCCUGCUACACCUAAGUGCUUCGAAGUCUUACUACCAACUUCCAAGGUUCCAGAUCCCAAUGCAAACCGCAACCAUGUCAACCCAGUGGGAUCCAAACGUACAGCACUCAGUAAAUUGACGAACAAACGCCGUUUUGAAAAGGGAGUGUUGCAGAAAAAAGUGGAAGUUGCUCAGAAAAACAGAAAAUUAGCUAUAGAAAAAAAGAGAAAAGCAAAACAGACCAGGCAAAAUUUUAAUUUGGAUCUUUGGGGUAAUGAUUUGCCAGAAACCAAAGGCAUUCCUGCCUCAUUAUGUGAUGAGUUCAUUUCGCCUGAAGCUCAGUUGCAUAAUGUACUGCCUGAUAGGAGACUCAGGCCAAAACCUCCACUUGCAAAGACUGUUGUGACCAGAUCAGCUGUGGAAGCACCACAUCCAGGAGUUAGCUACAAUCCUUCAUUCAAGGAACAUCAAGAAUUAUUGCAAGAAGUUGUACAACAUGAGCAGAAGAUGAUGAAACGUGAAGCCCAUUUGCACCGGGUCACUACUGGAAUGUUUAGCAAAGUCACUCAACAGCAGAAAGAAAACCAAUGGCGUGAAGAAAUGAGUGUAGGUUUACCACAGCCACAUAACCCCACAAACGAUGAACCAGAAUCAGACACGGACAACGAAUACAAGGCUGUCAACCCUCCUGUUAAGAACAAGAAAAAAGAUCAUAAAGCUAGGAGGAAACAGCGCGAGAGGCUGGAUGAACUAGAGCGCAUCAAAAGAGAAAAGAUAGAUAAAAAGAAAAUUACUGAUCUUUACAGAUUACGAAAAAUUAAAUCGUCAAUAAAGAAAAAGGAAGAGCUUAAUGAGAAACUCCGGUCUAAGCGCGUGUCCAAGAAGGCAGAAGAAGCGAAGACUUCAGUGCCUGUGCUCAACGCGCAUAAGCCGCCGCGCAAGGAACCAGAGUUCGUUGACCCUAAGCAGUUGACUGGAGAUCUGAGACACGUCUCUUCCACCACAAAUCUCCUUCGUGACCGCUACGAGUCUCUACAACGACGCGGAGCUGUGGCGGCCUCUAAACUUAUGAUGAAGAAGAAGAGGAAGCUCAAGAGCUACUUCAAGGCAGGCCACAAGGUCACAGAGCAGGAGAUAGAACGGUACACUACCCGCAGUGCCGGCAAGAAGUAAGCAUUUGUAGACACGCCUUUAAUAAAAUUCUUAACUGCAGCA